AUGAAGGAAAUGUCUUUGUCGAUGGCAAUCCAACAUUUCACCCAUAUCCAUCCAUUAACCAAGGUUGACGGACAGGGCGGGUUCAUAUGCAAUGGCUGCAACACCUACGGCUUUGGGACGACCUACCGUUGCGUCACCUGCGACUACGAUCUUCACGAUCAUUGUGCCACUUGUCCCCCUACCCUCCUCAGCUUUAUGCAUCCACAGCACGAGCUCCAGCGAGUCUUUAGAGGACCAGACCAGAGGCAACUUAAAGAACAUAGAUGCGACAUCUGUGACGAAUCAGUCGAGGGGCUCUAUUACCAUUGCGAGCCUUGCGACUUUGAUGUCCACCCACUUUGCACCCAGCUGCCUCAGCAGGUGAGGCACGUUCCUCACCCGGACCAUCAGUUAGAGCUGAGUCACUCGGGAGCCAGCAACACGUGCGAGGUUUGCCGCGGUGCGAUCCGAUCUUGGCGGUACAAGUGCGGUCUAUGCAGGUUAAGUGUUCACAUGGAAUGCGUUAAGUCGUCUGCAUCAACAGGGGCGGCAACUCAGCAAAGGUAUAUUGCGCUGCAACCACAAUCUCACCAUUCUCAGUAUAACCAGCCUCAUUACACACAACUUCACCAUUCUCAGUAUAACUAG